AACCAAGCCGGCCCGGCGGCUCAGGGAGCAAACUUUUUGCCCCGACUGGACGGUCAACGCCUCUGUGGGAACUCAAGGCUGGAACAGCUGGGAGCGCGUGGCGAGGUGUCUGCGACUGGCCUGGGGACAGCAGCUCGCGCGGGUGGGGACAGAGAAUCCGAAGGACAAGAGAGAGGAGUUGGGGUGUGAGCCUGGGAAGCCCCAUUCUCAGUCUCCACGCAGCUGAGGUCUCCGUUUCUCCAGGGACCCGGGCGCGCUCCUGGACGAGUGUGCCAUCAGCUCUAGGGGAACAGCCUAAAGUCACUGGUCCUUAAAGACUGCCGGAGUCAGCAGGUGCCCCGGGGGUUCCAGAGUACGCAGUGGUCAUGGUGAAUGAAGAACCCAGCCAAGAGGAGCGCAAUGACAGUCCUGCGCCGGAGUCUGCUUUGCAAACGGAUCCCAGCUGCUCGACCCAUCCCAGCGUCUCCAUCCACCCCAGCGUCUCCACCUACCCCAGCAGUUCAGCCCACCCCAGUGGUAUAACCCAUUGUAGUAGCUCAGGCACGCAAGGCAGCGUGAUCAAGGUGAGCAAGCGCCGCUGGGCGGUUGUCUUGGUGUUCAGUUGCUAUUCCAUGUGCAACGCCUUUCAGUGGAUUCAGUACGGCUCCAUCAACAACAUCUUCAUGACUUUCUAUGGGGUCAGUGCCUUUGCCAUCGACUGGCUGUCAAUGUGCUACAUGCUAACCUACAUUCCUCUGCUCCUGCCUGUGGCCUGGCUGCUGGAGAAAUUUGGCCUUCGCACUAUCGCCAUCACCGGCUCAGCUCUCAACUGCCUCGGGGCCUGGGUGAAGUUGGGCAGCCUUCAGCCCCGCCUGUUCCCAGUCACAGUACUGGGCCAGGUCAUCUGCUCCGUGGCCCAGGUCUUCAUCCUGGGCAUGCCCUCCCGCAUUGCUUCUGUCUGGUUCGGAGCUGACGAAGUUUCAACAGCUUGCUCGGUGGCUGUGUUUGGCAAUCAGCUUGGAAUUGCAAUUGGGUUCUUGGUCCCUCCUGUUCUGGUACCCAACAUCAAAGACCAGGACAAGCUUGCCUACCAUAUCAGCAUCAUGUUCUACAUCGUAGGAGGCGUGGCCACUCUCCUCUUCAUCCUUGUCAUCAUAGUAUUCAAGGAGAAGCCUAAGUAUCCUCCCAGCAGGGCCCAGUCCCUGAGCUAUGCCUUGGCAUCCACUGAUGCUUCAUAUCUAAGUUCCAUCAUCCGGCUCUUCAAAAACCUCAACUUCGUGCUGCUGGUCAUCACCUACGGUCUGAAUGCUGGUGCUUUUUAUGCCCUAUCCACGCUGCUGAAUCGCAUGGUCAUCUUGCACUAUCCGGGGGAAGAAGUGAAUGCUGGAAGAAUUGGCCUGACCAUCGUCAUUGCAGGGAUGUUUGGAGCUAUGAUCUCAGGCAUCUGGCUGGAUAAAUCCAAAACCUAUAAGGAGACAACCCUGGUGGUGUACAUCAUGACUCUGGUGGGCAUGGUAGUAUAUACAUAUACCUUGAACCUGCAACGCCUGUGGGUAGUGUUCAUCACUGCUGGUACACUGGGCUUCUUCAUGACGGGCUAUCUUCCCCUGGGAUUUGAGUUUGCUGUGGAGCUCACGUACCCAGAAUCAGAAGGCAUGUCAUCUGGUCUCCUUAAUGUGUCUGCACAGGUAUUUGGGAUCAUUUUCACCAUCUCCCAAGGCCAGAUUAUUGACAACUAUGGAACCAUGCCUGGGAACAUCUUCCUAUGUGUGUUCCUUGCCCUUGGAGCAGCCCUCACUGCUUUCAUUAAGGCAGAUCUCCGGAGACAGAAGGCAAACAAGGAUACUCCUGAGACUAAAGUCCAGGAGGAGGAAGAGGAGAGCAAUACCAGCAAGGUGCCCACCGCCGUGUCGGAGGCUCAUCUCUGAGAGGUGGCGGUGACUCAGGGAACACACACUCAGCUCUCGGUUACCAUUAUAUACCUCUGCCAGCACCAGCAUCUCCAGGGAGAAACGUUUGGAGGGAAGCAGCUGGAAUAUGAGACUUGCAUGGCAGUGCUUAUGUCCUGGAACCUACCCAAGAACCUGGAUGGUUCAGCUGGGGGAAGUGUCACCUUUCUCCAGAUGCAGACUGGAUUCCUGCCCUUUCCCCAUUAGGUCACGGGGCUGGUGUUGGGAGAGGCUGGUGGAGGGUAUUGGAGUCCUUUCUUGCUUGGUCUCUUGCCCUCUCUCAUCCCUUUCUUUUCUUGUGGAGAAUGCUUGCAAAAUUAUCCUAAGAAAGUUUAUUCAGGAUAUUAACUUUUUCUAAUGUCUCAAGACCCUCCCACAUGAAGCCCAGUUCGUAUUAAGAAGGGGCAAGCUGCUCUGUCUGAGGGUCCUUCUUGGGUCAUGAUGAAGGAGCACUGUGGGAACAGCCUCCAUCAGACCCCCAUCAGUCUGCCAGGGCAACUCUGUCAAGACUCUUGGCCUUAGCUCUUCUGGCCUAGGCUGCAGUCUCUCUUCAGACCCUCUUUCCCAAGAAUGAUGAGACCAAACACCAUUAAACCAGAUAAAAUGUUUGUUGUGGCCAUGAAGGAGAAACUGACUGGAGAGGGCUUACUGCCUAGGUGUGACAGUGCUUGGAUGUAUGUAGAGCUCCAUAUUGGAGAACCGGUAGCUUGAGUUGGGAUGGGAGGGUGCUUUGCUACAAAGUGGUGCUUGCCCAAACUUUGAUGUGGCCCAGGCCAUUGAGUGUGCCUUUAUCUGGACACUGUACUGGGAGACCCAGCAAACAGCCCAGCUGCUCCUGGCUCUAACCUUUACUGAAAACCAGUGUCUCUUAUUCCACUCUGAUACCCAAGGCUGUUUCUGAGGUGACAGCAGAAGGGAAGUUGGCUCUUGAACAUUGCAUCUGUUUCAAACGCAUCUCGUGUAUAUUGGGGACAUAGCUGCACAAUCAAACCCUCUCCCCGACCCCUGCUAGCAAUACUCUACCAAAUAUUUUAAAUUUAAAAGGGUUCCUUUUAAAUCAGUCCCAGCUGACCUUCCCCACCCAGCCUGCUAACUGUAUUCAUGGGCUUUAUAGUGUCUCCUCCAAGUAAGGGAAACUGAAACUUUUUCCUGUGUUUGGAGAACUCUGGCCAUGACCAUCAUGCUGCCUGGCUUUAGCCAUGGCCUUGGCCUCAGCACAGCAGAGCAGUCUGGACUAUCUACAGUAUUGUGUGCUGGGCUAUUGCCAGAGGGGAGACUGCUUGUGUGUAUACAGACCUGAGUAGUCCAUGAGAGGAAAACACUGUGUGGGGGAGUUUUGGGAUGAAAGGGAGAUGUGCCUUCCUGUUUGUCAGGAGAAAGGUGUUUAUUCUUCAACUGCUCAAAAUCAGUAAUAUGUUUACUGAAUUGAUUUAUUUAAAAAAAUAAUUUGUAUUUCCUGUUUGUAAUACCAGGUAUUUUUAAGGUAAUAAAGAUGCUCAAAGUGGUCUGCCUGGUCAUUUGGCAAGGCAGAGCACCUUUUGGUGUUCAUACA